GUGCAGGAGAAGGAAACAAGGGAAUAAGGGGAGAAAUAAAAGGAGGUAAGAAGGAGAAGGGAGACAAGAGAGGGAAACAGUGAAGGAGAGAAGAGACAAGGGAGAGCAAGGAGACAAGAGGAGGAAACAGUGGAGAAGUGAAGGAAUCAAGGGAGUAAGGGUGAUUAAGAGAGGAGGUAAAAGGGAGGAAGGACACAAGAGGACACAACUGGAGAAGAGAAGAAAAUGAGGGGAAGAGAGGGGAUGGAUACAAGAGGUGAAAACAGUGGAGGAGAGAAGGAAACGAGGGGAAAAUGGAAGAAAUCGAAGAGGAGGAAACAAGGGGUGAUGAAACAAGGGAAUAAGGGAGGACAUAAGAGAGUAGGACACAAGAGGGGAAAACAGUGGAGGACAGAAGGAACCCAGGGGGAGGAAACAAGGGGGUAUGGAAGAAGUAGGAGCAGAUGAAACAGCGAAGGAGAGUAGGAAACGAGAGGGGAGGAAACAAGGGAUGGAAGGAGCGUAUAUAGGCCUAGGAAAGGAAAAUAUAGGCUAAAAGAAGAGAGGAGGAAGAGAUGAGAUGAAACAAGAGAGGAGUGCAGAGUAAAUGAAGUGAGUAAAGAGAAGGAGCAGAAAAAGGAGUUAAAGAGAAGGAGUGUGUGUGUGUUGAAAGAAGCGCGCGCUCUGAACGUGGUGGAAAAAGUGAAUAUUCGGCUCAGUUCAAAGGCAGCCGGCGAGCUGCAGCAGCGCGCGAGGACGGAGGGAGGGAUGACUUCCAGAUUUACUGUGGAAAGUUGAAAGAGUGUCGGCGACCGCGCGCGUGUCCGCGGGCGCCUGGGCUGUACGUGUGUGUGUGUGAGUGUGUGUAUGUAACCUCUCUCUCGCUCUCCGUAUAUUUUCCGUGCGCGCGCGCUGAUGUGUGUGUGAGGAGAGAGAGAGGAAGAGAGAGAAGGGGAGGGGCCCCGCGCUCUCUCUCUCUGCCUACUUUGCAUAUUCCGCGUGCCUCGGCUCGGCCAUAUGGGAAAAUGCAACUGAAGGAAUUGUCGGCGGGGAAAAAAAACGCGCAGGCAGGGACACGCGAGCGGAGCGGCGAGAGUUUGAGAUCAUAACAAAUCCCGAGAAAAGUUAAAACAGCGGAGGAGAAAAGGAAGAAAGGUGGAGAAGAAGAGAAGAGAAGGGGCGGGGGGAGCGUCAUAAACCAAAACAGAGAGAGAGGAAGGGAGAAGAGACACGCGGAGGGAGAAAAGAGGAGAAAUAGAGUUUUUCUUCUUUCUGCGGAGGAGAGGAACGAUGUAUUGUGCGUACACCAUCCCCGGGAUGACAGGCAGCUCACUCAUGUAUUACUACAACGGCAAAGCGGUGUACGCUCCGUCUGCCAGUACAGCAGACUACAACAGGGACUCACCGGGUUAUCCCUCCUCCAAACCUCCCAGCGCUGGCUUCCCAAGCUCAUUCUUCAUGCCAGACGGUCACCACAGUGGCGAUCCCUGGAGCAGCAGUAGUAGCAGUAUGAGCCAACAGGGUUACCACGGCAGCAUGCUGGGGGGCGGGAACUCGGCCCAUGGCCCCACCCAGAGCUCCUCCUACUGCGGGAUUCACCCUCACGACAGAUUGAGCUACCCGUCACACUCGUCUGCAGAUAUCAGCUCCAGCCUUCCUCCUAUGUCCAGCUUCCACCGAGGGGGAGGGAGCGGGGGAGGUGGCAAUCACUACAGCACCGCCUCUUGCACCGCCUCAACCAACGGCACAGACAGCAUCAUGGCUAACCGAGCGCAGAGCUCAGCAGCCAGCGGCUCUCAGACGGGAGACGCCUUAGGGAAAGCACUCGCAUCCAUCUACUCUCCAGAUCACACGAACAACAGCUUUUCGUCCAAUCCCUCCACCCCAGUUGGUUCCCCGCCCUCCCUCACAGCUGCCAGUUCAGCUGUCUGGUCCAGGAACGGUGGACAGGGAGCGUCAUCGCCAAACUAUGAGGCGGCUCCAUUGCACUCUCUGCAAAGUCGUAUCGAGGACCGUCUGGAGCGUUUGGACGAUGCCAUCCACGUACUGCGGAGCCACGCGGUGGGACCGUCGACGGGUAUGGCCAGCGGGCACGGUGACAUGCACAACCUCAUCGGGGCCGCACAUACGCACAACGGCGCCAUGGGCGCUCUGAGCAGCGGGUACGGGACAGGACUGCUGUCAGCCAACAGACACUCCCUCAUGGUGGGCUCGCACAGAGAAGACGGCAGCGGCGUGGGUGGUUUGCGCGGUGGACACUCGAUGGCGGGUCAGGUGCCAGGGCCUCAGCUGCCCGUUCAAUCGGCCACCUCGCCGGACCUCAACCAGCCCGACCCGUACCGCGCUCUGUCCGGAGGCCUCCAGGGCCAGAGCACCUCCUCCGUCAGCUCUGAGAUCAAGUCUGAGGACGAGGGGGACGAGAACCUCCUGCAGGACACAAAAUCCCUGGAUCCGAAGAAGGAGGACGUAGACAGCAAGGACCUUAAAUCAAUUGAGAGCAACAAUGACGAUGAGGACCUGUCUCCGGAGCAGAAGAUGGAGAGAGAGAGGGAACGGAGGAUGGCCAACAAUGCGCGAGAGCGUCUGCGCGUCCGCGACAUCAACGAAGCGUUCAAGGAGCUGGGCAGGAUGGUGCAGCUGCACCUGAAGAGCGACAAACCUCAGACCAAGUUACUGAUCCUGCAUCAGGCCGUGGCCGUCAUCCUCAGUCUGGAGCAACAAGUCCGAGAGCGAAACCUGAACCCCAAGGCGGCCUGUCUGAAGCGUCGUGAGGAGGAGAAGGUCACUGUGUCAUCGGACGGGGCUCCCCUCUCACUGGCCGCCGCGCACCACGCCGCCGCCGCCAUGGGCGACGGGUCGAACCCCUUGGGACAAAUGUAAAACGCAGCAACAUCUCCUCCCCCCUGAUGGUCCAAGGUGCCAGAAUUCAUCAAGAUGAUGAGUGACCACUUCCUCUGACGGCGUUUCCAUGACAACCCAGCAAUCGAUCAACCCCGUCGUUGCUUCAGCCUGACCAAUCAGAUUCUCUGGAUCUUCGGCCCGACCAAUCAGAUCGGCCUCUUUCUCUCCUCUCGUCUGUCUCUGAUCCUCCUCUUCACCUUCGUCUCCUUCUUCUGUCGAGAACACGAACUGCAGAGUCACAUUAGUCGCUUUUGUCACUUUGCAUCUCCAGCCGAAGUGAACUGGAUGCUACUUUGUGGAGACGUUAAACGGCCGCUGUAACAUGGCUGCUACAAAGUGGCAGUUUGUGGGAGCUUUUGACACAAAGUGACAGCAAUGGACAAAAGUCUUUGGAAUCACAUCAUCCAAGAAAUUCUUCUUCUUGUACUACUUGUUUUAUCAGCAUUCCCAGUUUUAAAGAACAAAAGGGUUCUAUAUAUAGUAUAUAUAUAUAUGAGAAAAGGAAAAAAUGACAAAAAAACUUGUUAAAAAAGUGCAACUGGACGCGGGCAGUGAGGAGGGUAUGGGUUGGGAAGGGUUGUUCAGAACGGCGCAAAACAUAUCACGAAGUGUUUAAAGAGGUUUUUUUCUGUUUUUUGUUUUUUUAAGCAACAUUGCGCAGCUGUUGUUGAAUGCAGCUUCAGCGCGUCUCUGACUGAAUGGCAAUCUAACGCCACACUGUGGAUGAAGCUGUGCCUGAUCUCCUCUUGGAUGCAAACCAGUCAGAUAGAUACACACGGAGAAGCAAAGCAAACAAAACAACAAAAAGAACAGGAAAAUUCCAGGAAGUAUCACGGAAGCAAGCUGCCCAUUCAUACAUCCCCUUACAAACCGCACAUUUUCACAUAUUAAAGUAUGAAUUAAAAUGAAGAUUUUAGGUGCUUGAUAUGCCGAGUCAUUUGAACAAAAAUUUAGUUCAUAAACGCUUUUUGACUAUCAUAGAUGCCUAGAAAGAAACGGGGCUAAACAGGAAAAACAGGGGCAACUCGUUCUCCCCUUCUAAUGCAUUCCCUCUUAACCUGCAAACAUUUACAGUAGAUUGUCAGUGUUAUAAAAAUCUGAACAUGUUUCUGUAUUUUUAUUAGUGUUUUAUGCUAAUAGCCAUGUUGACUUUGUUAACAAGCGUCAAAAUUGUACAAACUGCUAAUUUCUUUGUGUGAUCACAAAUACAAACACCUGGACAGUUGUACCCAAACAGCCCGUGUGUAUCUACUGGGAGGAAGAGGAAUACCUAAGGAAUCAAUCAGUUAAUCAAUCAGUCAAUCAGUGAGUAACUCCAGAUGGACUGGGGUGUUUAAAAUUUGAAGGUAGAGGAAUUACAGAAGAAAAACAUGAAGGACGAAUCAUGCAGUAAUGAAAAAGUGUACUUCUAAAUGCGGCAGGAAAGAUAGACUUUUCUCGACAUCUUCAUUUGAGAUUGUUGUUUUGGGUUUGUAGUGCAGAUGCACAAGAGACGACAGAAAGAAAGAGCUCUAGCAAACAUCCCGAACCAGAGUCCAUUGUCAAAUGUUUGUCAGCGUGGGCAGAGCAAGCAGAGUUCAAAAAGGUGUCCAAGCCUUUGCUGUAAUCGAAGGCUUACUGGACAGAUGGUUGAGAGGAUGGACAGAUGAUAGAAAUGCUGGAUGGAUGGAUGGCUGAUGAGAGGGAAGAGGGUCGGGCUGAGCACUGAAGUGAAUUCUAUUCCACGUUUAGCACAUUCCCUGAAUCACGAUCGCUCUACUUGAAAUGAGUUCUUCGGACAUCCCGAAGGCCUAGAGUAGAGUUUUGCAAGUCAUGUAAGGUUAAGGAGAAAAGAUUUAACAUCCUGAGGAGCUAGAGAUUGAGGGAGAGGAGAAAAAACAGAGAAUCUAGAGGUCUAAAUGAUGAUGCUACGGGGGAACCAAGGGAACAAUCAUCAGGGUGAAAGGUGUAUAAUUUUCUUCUGGGGGCCAAGCAGCAGUUGUCAAAGCAUUCCUGUGUUGGAUUCAGUAGAUUCCUUCAUUUCCUGGUUUAAUAUUUGGCUGAUCAUAACCCUAAACCUCAACCUUAGACUUAUCCUCUGCUCUGAAUACCAACCUUGGGGGACUUUCUGAUUGACCUUUGCUGUCAGAUGUAGUUGAGGUGUCUGUUGUUGGGACCAUUGGCUGGUUCAAAUUUUAAUUGGCCUUGAAAUCUUUUGCUUGAUGAAGUUGCAGUGAUGUCUGGCAAGAUUUCAAACACUGUCUUCUUGGUGCUGGUGCAAUGCAUUGCAUCACAGUAACCUCUAUAUACAGCUAUCUGCACAUAAAUGUAGAAUCUGUAGGCUACAGGAUAAGAUUUUGGUAAUGGAAGCAUUCUUCCGAUACCAGCUUCCGUCUAGUAGUAUUGACGGGAUAUGUUUGAGCAGCCAGUAAACAGUCCAUGUGGAGAGGCAGAACGUAUUGGCCAAAAGGCAGUUUCAGAACGCAAUGGGUGUCUUCUGACAACAAUUUAGCUUUAUGUAAGCUUUUUUUUUUUUUAAUGUAUCUGUAUUCAUAUGCAGAUACAUGUUUAUAGAGAUUAACUGAAAAGACCAGUACAUAGAAGAUGAAGUCUUGGCCAAGAUAUCUGCUUGCUCCAAAAGAUCUCCCAAAAUAUUGGUCGUUGCCCCUAGAGGCUUAGUGUCGUCACACCGAUAGCCGAUGGCUUCUAAGAUUAGCAUUAUAGAGACAAGAGACUUAAAUCUAAUCAGGAGUCUGCAGUCCCACUGGGUUCUUGUUAGUUAAGAGCACUAUCUGGACUAGUUGGGACAGGAAAACCAAAACAUCAGUAGUGGAGAGGAGUCAUAAUGUGACUGUUCCAAGGUACCUAGAUGAGCUAUACUUGCAGCUGAAUGAUGGCACAAUUGGUGUUUCUGUGCCAGAGGACCAAAUUUUAGCAGACUCUGGAUCAUAAAUUACAUGCCUGCCAGAUUAGGCUAGGUUUUAGGGUUUCAGACUGGCAGCACUUGCGGCCAGUCUUGGCCCCCAGAAUAAAACCAAUGUGUUAUUUGUCAUGAGUCUGGCAUGAGUCCAGCAAGCCUGACGCAGGGUUCAGACAUUAUGAUCAUCUUGGUUUGCUCAAUAUAAAUGUAAAUUCAAAACAUGUGAGGCAAGUCCAAUCCACAAGCCCAAGCACUAAUAUGUUACUUUAGAAUUUGGCAGUGCUGCCUCUUGUUCUUUGACUUGCCAAGGUUUCUUGGGUAGAAGUUCAAUAGAAGGAUCAGGACAAGGUGGGGCUGAUAGUGACAAAAGUCAUGAGCGUGACCAGGUGAGAACUGGAACAAAUGAAUCAGGACCGGAUAGAUCAGAAAGAAAUCCUUAUUGCAUUGCUAUCCAUCAAGGUCUACUUUGUGUCAAUAGGUGAAAGUAAUUGGAAUAUCUGCAAGAACGUCCAUCGUUUUCUGGUGUCAAUCUGAAAGUCCCCUUUUGCCCUCACUCCAGUUUGAACCCUCCUCUGUCCAGGCCUAUGUUUAAUCCCCAGCCCUAGUUCUGUCUUCUCUGCUGACCCUAGCCUUAUGAGCCCUACACCAGAGCCCUAGCCCCUCUUCCCAGCUUCUUGUCCCACCUAAGCAGUCCCACAGAUGCAAUUUGAACAUUCACACUUCUACCAAUGUGCCUUUUUAGAGUUCAUAUCAUUCGAGUUGCCAGAGGAGGACAUUUACCUGGUCUUUUAAUAGGAUGCAAGCUUAGGGAAACCUGUUCUUAGUCGUUAGGUUCUAUGCAGUCAGGUUUUUUACCAGACCUGGGAAUUUAAAAAAAGCUAAAAAGGAAAAAAAAGUAUUUUUUGGAUAAAAAAAAGAAAAAAAGAAACUGUAUUUAAUGUACUGUACGCUUAUAUGUAAGUAGACAACGUGUUCUGGCUUUGAGCCACUGAGACAGACGCUUGAUUUAGCAAAACGAGCCCCCAUCCCAGUCCUCCCUCCCCAAGUUCUCCAUAACCCCCAACCCAUCCUGUUCCAAGCCCCAGCCCUGUUACCAUGGUGAACAAUGCGUCUCUUCUUGUAUUAUAGCUUAUCAGCUUUUUAUCAAUAUUUGAUCGGCUUGUCCGUAAGCCAAUGUAGUCUUCAGUACAAAGUGUGUGGUUGUAUGUUGUAAAACAGAUUUGCUUUUUUUUCUCUCUCUCUCUCUCUUUUUUAAGAAGAAUCUUUUCGCUUAUUACUUUUUCUUUGUCUGUUCUGGUUUACAUGUCUAUUAUAGAAAAUGUAAAAAAAACAAAAACAAAACAAAAACAAAAAACAACACAAUUCGUUAGCCGACAGCAUUGUUCUCUGUCGGUGGUCAUUUUGACGCGGUUAAAAUCCUACCCAAUCAACAGGAAGGCACGGAAACUGGAAAAGAAUCUAUUUGAAUAAAUCAAUCUAUAUAUAAAUGUACAAAAAAGUAUAUACGAUAUAUAAGGAGGGUGCCAUUUUCUGUUAUUUUUUUAUUUUCUGUUGCAAAGGAGUGUUUGCUUGGGGAGGAAUUAUUUUCUCAAAGACUGAACUGGCAGAAGUUGGCAAGGCCCCUCAGUGUUAUAACUUUUCAACUGACUUUGUUGUGUUCUCUGUUGUUGCCAUGACAACACCCUCUGACUAGUACGGCACCCCGCGCAGGACAAAAUGGGACUGGAGUUCCAUCAGCUCCAUUCACUGCUAUCUAUCCAAGGCAACAACACACAGACGUUUGUAAAUUGUAUGCAACAAAAUGGCAAACUUUACCAUUAUUUUGAAAUUGUGUAUGUAAAAGUUAUAUUUUUACAUGUAGACUGUUGUUAUUUUGUGUUUUAGAAAUAUGUUGUAUCGGUUUUUUUGUUAAAAUAUGAAAAAGUAAAAUUCAGUGUGUGUUGAAAAAAUGUGUCACAUUGAAAAUGUAGUGAGGUCAAAAGUUCAGAAUCAUUUUUUCUUUUUUAAUUUUUCAACAUUAUGUUUAUAUCUGUGGGGGAACAUUUUUGAGGGUUCGUGGGAGGAAUCAGAAAUCAUAAAAGAUAUAUGAUAUUUGUUUAAUUCUCCAUGCCUCAUGACAUUACCAUUUUUAAUUGUAUUUUUUGCAGAGAAAUGUGUAAAUAGUCAUAAAACAUUUUCUGUGGGGUUUCUGUGGGGUGAGGACUUGCCAGUGAGAGGCGACGAUGAUGAUGAACUUGUUUUGUUUUUUAGUGAGGUCGUAUUCGUCCGGUUACAGUAGCCAGGUGCCAACUUUUGGUUUCGGUCAGUGGUGGUCAGUACUGUUUGUGGUUUUGGUUGCUGACCAUCUGAAGUGUAAGUCAAAUUGUUGUCUUUGCUUCCACAUAAAAAAAUCACUCGUGUCAGAGUCGGCAUUGGGCUUUUUUUUUGUUGUUUUUGUGAAGAAUUUAUUUUGACUUUCAAGGAGGAAAAACAAGCUUUUACAACUGCCUGUUGUGAUAAUUGCUAUUCUUAGGGAAAGUGCAAAUGCAAAUUUAUAAAGAUACAGGAUAUUGUAACCUUAAAAAUUCUUGAUUUUAUUAUGUUCACGCAUUUCCAAAUUCAAAAGUUAUAAUAAAGACAAUUUGGUUAUAACAUAACACGCACCUUUUUUCAAAAAAAAAAAUUCAAAAAUUUUCUGUUUACUUACAUAAAUUAUGGCAAAAACUUAACCAAGAUACCCGAAGAGAGUUCACAGAUUUAAUUCAUUUUGGUUCUACCUGGUGGCUUUGGGCCGGCUCUGACUCCUGUGCAUUAAUUUUCUUCAAGAUGGGUUGUAAAUGUUGAUUAUAUGAAACACCCUCAGCACCUGAUUCCAGAUUAAUAUAUGAAAAUUUUGUAAAAGAUUGGAGUGUCACUAAUAUAAAAAAGCAGGUCGUCAGCAAACAAUCUUAUCAGCUAUUUCCCCAAAAAGAUAUCAGAUUGAUUGUGUGCAAGGCAGUUUCAGUCAUUUGUUUUUAGUGUUUGCCAUUAAAAUUGAGCUUUUUGUCAAAAGGAACAGCUGCUUUGAAUCGGACCUAGGUGAAACACUAGGAUUGAAUCUGUCAGUGUAAGUGCUAAAUGUAUUUUUUACGUAAUGUUACUUUUGCUAUGCUUCAUUUCAUAUUUUCUCUUUGUUGUAUAAUCAAGUCAUCUCCCGAAUUACAGUAUCUUCAUUUUUAUGUUACCCCUGAUGUUUCUAUUAGCCAAAAUGUUAACUUUUUCUUUUCCCUCCUUGUUGUACAUACACACCUCAUUUCUCUUUUUCAGUGACUGUGCCAUGAGCUUUGUAAUCUGUUACUCUGUACCAGUUUUACUGCAAUAAUGAGUUGAAUUCAAAAUGGCCACUCCUGUCCUUUGUUUUCCCAGAAAUGUUUGAAACAAGAAGCAUUUAUCUCUUUUCUUCUGUUAGCUAGCCCCAUUUAAAUGAACAAAUACACUUGAGUAUACUCCAGACACGAGCAAGAACCAACAUCAGUAGCACAGCAAAAUUUGAAAUUUGGUACAUUUUAUAAUACUAAAUUUAAUUUGUUUGUUUUUUUCCCAAUGCAAAAAAACUAGAAACAUUUUAAACAGUUUAUACAAAUAACAAGUAUUGAUAUUAACGUGGCAUUUCUUUUGCAGAAACGUACUAUUAAUUCCUGUGAAAGAAAAUGACAAAACAAGCCUUUUUUCAUGUCUUUAAUCUCUACAGAAAAGUUUAAGUCAUGCAAAUGUCCACUGCCAGAUGAGAAAAACUAUUUCAAACUCCUGCCAAUAUUUUAAAUCUCUUCUUGCUGAGUAUUUCACGUAAUACAUUGAAUAUUUUUACAGUUUCAUAUUCAUAUAAUUCCAUAGAAAUAAUCUAUACUCAAGUGCAUGUCUUACACUUUGAAAACUCAGACUGAAUCAAAAUUAUCAAAUCUCAUUAGUAUUUUAGUUUUUAUGAAGUUGUGCUGACAAAGGUGAAAUUGAGAUAGUUUUACAGGUUUACAGGUAAUUUUAAAAUCCCCAAGGGGCCUGCCAUGAAAGGAAAUACAAAGAAAAUAAUACUUACAAGAGAUUUAAUUCAUUUUUUAGACAAUACUUAUUUUAUGGUCCUAAUUAGCUGUUUUAUUUCAAGUUGCAAUGUAUAAAAUCAUUUGCUAUUAGCACUCAGUAGGUUAUAGUCAACACUAGCAGCAGCAAUCUGUUUUUGACAUUUUACAUUUCAAUAAAUUCUGGAUUACGUUCAUUGGUGAAAUAUUUGACAUUUAGCAUCAUGGUUUUUCUGUUGCUUACUUCUACCAAACACCCAGUCAGAUUAGAAGAUGUUUCAUCUCUGUGUGUCCAUUACAGAGGUAGGUCCUCUUUAGCCUAGCUUAGCACAAAGACUGCUAGCCUAAUUCCAAGUGAAAGAAAUACACCGUCCAAGAGCUCCAAAGCGGUCUGAUUUACAUUGUGUAUCUCUUAGCCAACAGGCAAGUCACUAACCCAUCCAUGAGUCAGCUGGGUUUUGUUAUCAGAGGGCCAGGUGAGCUCAAACCUGGCAACUCAUCAGUUAGCUUCAGUGCUAACUGCUGCUAAAACCACACAGUUACCUUUCUGUUUCUACACCUUUUCCAUAAACACAUGAAAUAGACACAUUUGGAGGUGAUGCCCAUUUUCAGGAACACAAAUCAAUAGGAGUAUGCAGAAUUGUAGUGAACUGACCAUGAAAAGUUCUGAAUUUUGUCAUAUCUAACUUGCCGCCAUUUUUGUGGAAAUUUUUCUGUCGUCACAAGAUGAUAACAUCUAUAUUGUAAAUUCUACACUCACCUACAAAGCUAUGAUUGGUUGUUUGUAAAACUGCCCUCGAUGACAUAAACAGCAGACAUGUUUGAAUCUAUGAAAAAAUUCAGUGUGGGCAGCGAUUCAAAGGUCGGGGAGCAGGGUACAAUUUAAUGACUGCAGAGCCCAGAAUUUUAAAAAUAAAAGUUAAAGGAAAAUUUGUAAUACCAGGAACAAAUUUAUUGGCAACACUGAAAAACCUACCACAGCAUACAGUACAGUAGACUAUAGUUUCCAACAACAGUGUGAGCAACAAGCACAAAUAACAGUUGAUUGAGGUGAUGUCGACUCAACCGCUUAUGUCCUCUCUGUAAGUAUGAUUUGCCAUUUUUAAAGACAUCCUUCAUUUUUCAGUAUUAUAACCAUGUGAAGGUGAAAAUAUAUGAACUGUGGCCUUUUUUCUUUCUUCUUGUUCCUUGUGAUGCAAUUCAGUGAAGAGAUGGGAAAAAAAAUACGUAUAGCAGAACUACCCUGUUAUCAGUGCCUGGGCUUUUUGUUAAAGCUUCUUUUGUCUAGUGCUCUUUUGCUAUGGAGUAGGCUUAGUGCACCCUAUUAUAGAAGCAAAAGUCAAAAUAAAUCAAUCAUGAAGUAAAGUAUAUUUGGCUUAUUUUUUGCAGGGGCAAUCCUUUUGUACCAUGAAUACUAAAAUGAAUAAGUAAAGAAAAAAAUUGACGUCAGAUUACUGUAUGAAAACAGCAAAAAAAAAUUCCACUUUGUAAUUUUUGGAAAUGUUCAAAAGUGAAUGAUGAAAAUGAUUUGCUACUUUAUUUUAUUAUAUUUUAAGAUGUUUUAUUUGAGCCGUGUGUUACUGAAGACAAGCCUGUGUGAUGGGUCACAGUUAGAGGUCACAGUUGGGGGGCGUCCCAUCCCAGCCGGCGACAGAUGACGAUACGAAAUAUCAGAAAACUAGAAAUAAAAAUACAAAAACACAGCAGUUACACUUUUUCCCCAGUGUGUGGCUGAGUGCCUCAAAUCUUGAUUUCAUUGUAUCUUUUGGUGCAUGUGUUCUUUUCUACGCUUCCAUUUUCUUAAUUAUUUCUGGUUAAUGUUGAAUUCUUUUACUUUGUUUUUUAUGUUAAAUAAUUAUUAUUGUCUUUAUGGUUGCUGUUAUUGUUGAUGUUGUUAUUAUUACACUUUGUUUUUAUUCCAGAUCAGUGGAGGUGUUGGGGAACAGGUUCUUUUUGAUUUCUGUGCUGAGGGUUUUAUUCUUCCUCGUACCAGCCCAACAGUUGGCCGUUUGUUGCCUGUUGGUUCUCAUCUUGUAGUGAUUCUAUGAGGUUCAUGUUCAUGACCGUUCUGUAGCAA